AUGCGGUCAACCUUCACUUGGGCGCUGGCCCUCAUCGGCACUGUUUCUGCCGCCAACCUCCACGCGGCUAACAAGGCCAAUGCCAAACCGACAACCACCACAGCACCAUCACAAGACGCUUGCGGUAUCGUAAAGGCGGAGGCCAAAUCACUACUCGCAGCAGCCCCCACCGCAACCGCUGCUUUGAUCAAACCGUCGCUAGCAUACAACUGCUUGCACUCAGUACCCGUCGACAAAGAGAGAGACUUAGACCUUCUGAACUAUCUGGAACCUUACCUUGAAUUUCAAAGCACACUGGAGCCUUUGUCACACCCGCCUGAGGGAUACCUGAUUCCUGGAGUUGACGUCCUAGGCGGAAUUGGACAAAUUCGUGCCAAGUUGAGCAAGGAUCAGUACAAGAGCCAGUUGGACUUUGCACUAGAACUCAAGUAUCUGUUUUUCCAAGCAUCAGACGGCCACUUUACCUACAACCCAGCUAUUCUCAGUGUUUUCCCCUUUACUAGCUUGAAUGGGGUAGUAUCGGUCGCAGACGAAGUAACAGGCAUUCCAAGAGUCUAUCUCCGGAGCGAUUUCGAGAAGUCCGUCGUAAACGACACCGAUGUCUACGAUAUCGAAAGCAUUGAUGGCACUCCUAUACGCGAGUUCAUCGAAGCUCAGGCUUCCCGGCAGCUGACCCAGGAUCCCGAUGCGAAGUACAACAAAAUGUUCACGAACCCGGCGCAGUUUGCUAGGGGGUUGACUGCGGGCUUCACUUCCCGUCUCCCAGGCGACUGCCCUGAUGAGGAAGUUAUCAAGUUCACCAACGAUACGACUUAUACGAACGAGCUCUACGCGAAGGUCUUCAGGACAUCACUUGAAUGGCUUGACACUGCCGAGAAGCUUCACAACCACUUCGAAGUCCCGGCUACAACCACCUCAGCGGCAGCCAGUACGACAGCACCUUCGAAAUCUACAUCUGUGGCCAGCUCUACGCCCAGCCCGACCUCCCUCCCAGGCUACCCAAAGCCAGUAGCUUUCCACAAGCAUGAAUGGAUCUCGGGCUACUUCAUGGAAGGCAAAGGUUACGAGGAUACCGCUGUUCUUGCCGUUCUGGGCUUCACCCCAUGGACUAUCUCAAAGCCGAACGGCACUUUCGAGAUUCUAGAGGCUUUCCGUACGGUCGCCGAGUUCCUGGAAAAGGCCAAGGACGCCGGGAAGAAGAAACUCAUCAUCGAUGUUCAGGGAAACGGUGGUGGCUUCGUCGCCGCGGGAUUCCAGCUUUACAACCAGCUCUUCCCGAAGACCGACAUAUGGGAUGGUAGCCGUAUCCGUGCCACCGAGGCCUUCAAUGCAAUUGGCAUUACCGCCUGGGAUUCCUCGCCUGAUGUCUUGGAUAUCUUCGUUGGAACAUACCUCGAUGAGGAUCGAAAGCCGUACAAGGACUGGGAAGACCUAUUCGGGCCUGAGGUCGUCGCUGGCCAGAAUACCACCAAGCUACUUCGUUACAACCAGACGGAGUUGUCCUACACGAAGACCAAGGGAGAUCCGCUUUUCGCCCCUGAGAAUAUCGUUAUCGUAACCGACGGUGGCUGUGCAUCGACUUGCACGAUUUUCACUGGUCUGAUGGCCCGGGAACAGGGCGUCCGCACAAUUGCCCUCGGCGGUCGUCCCAUGGAGACAGCCAUGCAAGCAGUCGGCGGCGUUGAGGGUGCUCAGGUUCUGCAGUUCACUGACCUGAGACAAACAAUCAUGCAGGUCAGUCGUGAUGCCGUCAAGAACAACAACACGAAGUAUCUCAAGGAGGCAUUCGACGUUCUGCCUGAUAUCGGCGAGCCUCCUCUCCUGCCGCCCCUAGCCAGCUCUGGUAGCUUCAACUACCGCAACGCCUACUCCCGCGAGAACGCCCACGGCGAGCCCGAGCAGUUCAGAUACGAAGCAGCCAACUGCCGCCUUUUCUAUACGGAGAAGAUGAUAGUGGACCCCGUUGCUGUUUGGACUGCCAGCUAUGAUGCCACCUGGAACAAGGGCAAGUGCGUUGCGAGAUCGACUGUCAACACGGAUGACACCAUUGGCGAUAAAACCGUCGCAUACAGCGCUGGUGUCAAGAGUAAGGCAUCGGCUUACGCCGGACCGGGUGCCCUGUCUUACAAGGGUGCCUACGAGGCUUGUCGGCCAUACGUCCAGAAGAAGAAGGGUUCCCAGAAGCGAGCAGUUGAAGACGCCGACUUGAACCCUCCUGACGAUUUUGAGUACGAGUUCAAGUACCGAAUUGGUGACAUCGAGGAGUACGUCCGGGACAAUGUUCCCGAGGACUGGGAAUAUGAGCAGAAGCACAGAAUUGGCUUUGCCCAGGCAGUCGACUUUUGA